AUGGCGCCCGUGGAGCACGUUGUGGCGGAUGCCGGGGCUUUCCUGCGGGACGCGGCUCUGCAGGACAUUGGGAAGAACAUCUACACCAUCCGGGAUGUGGUCAGCGAGAUUCGGGACAAGGCCACGCGCCGGCGACUCGCCGUCUUGCCCUACGAGCUGCGUUUCAAAGAGCCGUUGCCGGAGUACGUGCGGCUGGUGACUGAGUUUUCAAAGAAAACUGGAGACUAUCCCAGCCUGUCUGCCACAGACAUCCAAGUACUGGCACUUACGUACCAGUUGGAAGCAGAGUUUGUUGGGGUGUCACACUUAAAACAAGAACCAGAAAAGGUUAAAGUGAGCUCAUCGAUUCAGCACCCCGAAACUCCUCUACACAUUUCUGGUUUCCAUCUGCCCUCAAAGCCUAAACCCCCACGAGAAACAGUGGAACGUGAGCACCCAGCCGGUGAGCCCGAGGACCUAGAAUUCAAUUCCUUCAUGUUCUGGAGAAGCCCUUUGCCUAAUAUUGAUCGUGACUUGCAGGAGCUGCUGAUUGACGGAGGAGAGGGUGUUCCAAGUGAGGAGGAGAAGGAAGAGAAUGGGUUUGAAGAAAGAGAGGAAGGUAGUGAUGACGAGGGGGGGUGGAUAACCCCCAGCAACAUCAAGCAGAUCCGGCAGGAUUUUGAACAGUGCACUGUCCCGAGGGACGUGCGUGUUGGCUGUGUGACUACAGACUUUGCCAUGCAGAAUGUUCUGCUUCAGAUGGGGCUGCAUGUGCUGGCGGUGAACGGCAUGCUGAUCCGAGAGGCCCGGAGCCACAUCCUGCGCUGCCACGGCUGUUUCAGGACAACCUCUGACAUGAGCCGAGUGUUCUGUGCACAUUGUGGAAACAAGACCCUGAAGAAAGUGUCUGUGACUGUCAGUGACGACGGAACCCUGCAGAUGCACUUUUCCCGCAACCCCAAGGUGCUGAAUCCUCGGGGCCUCCGGUAUUCGCUUCCCGCUCCCAAAGGGGGCAAAUACGCCGUCAACCCUCAUCUGACUGAGGACCAGCGCUUCCCUCAGCUGCGACUCUCCCGCAAGGCCCGGCAGAAGACGGAUGUGUUCGCCCCAGACUACGUAGCUGGGGUAUCUCCCUUUGCAGAGAACGACAUCUCCAGCCGGUCAGCUACCCUGCAGAUCCGAGACAGCACUUUGGGAGCCGGGAGGAGACGGUUAAAUCCCAAUGCUUCCAGAAAGAAGUUUGUGAAGAAGAGGUGAGGCGCAAGUGCCACAGGCAGACGACGCUGCUGCAGCUGCCGUGUUCUGGAGUCUCGUUUCCCUGGCUCUGCCGGCUCCAGAACCAUCUGGAUGGAGAGAACAGGCCCAGCUUCUGUGUGCUGCUUCCUGAGGCCUGUGGAGGGGUGGGUUGGGUUUGUGGUUGAACUUGGUCAUGCCCUGGCCUGAGAGCACCCAUAGAGCUGGGAUUCCUGCCACGUUGAGGGGAAUUUGAUGAGAACAGAAAGAACAGUGCCCCGGAGCAAGUCUUCAACCUCAAAAGAAGGGAACUUUCAAGAGAGAAUAUUUUUCUAAUAAAUGUGGUUGUAAGCUUCUGUGCAUUUUCAUUAAAUAGGUCAAAUUUUUCUUCUUAAGUAAUUUGAAGGCUAACACUUAAGGGCUUAUACACCAAGAUCAAGCAUUUAGAUUUAUAUUUUUUUCGAGAAAGUAUACUAAGUUUGUUACAAUAAAACUAAGCUCUGCCACUUUCUGUCAUUCAGGAAGUUCAGUGCUGGGGCCUUUCUCCCAAGAUGCACCCAUUGUUCACAUUUCUUCUCAUUUGCUUUUUACCUUCCCAUACAACUACACAAAAUAUCUCCUUGGAAAGGGCUGUUCUUCUAUGUAACCACAGUACAAUGAUCAAAUUCAGGAAACCGGACACAUUACUUUUGUCUAAUGUGUAACAAUUCACGUUUUACUAAACUGUCCCAAUACUGUCCUAGCAUUUCCCCUCAAUUCUAAAGUUGCUCAGCCUUUUUCUUGUGAAAUUGACAUGUUUAAAUAGGACAGGCCAGGUUUUUAAAAUAUCCCUCCAUUUGGAUUUGACAGACUGUUUCCUCAAUGGGAUUGAGAUUUUCACUUGGGCAGGAACGCGGCCUGAGUGGUAAUUAGGUCCUCAGUGCAUUGCACUAAGUGAUGGUAACUCUUGACAACUUGGUAAGUGAACCUGCUGAGUGGAAAUGUUGAACAUAUCAACAUAACUGUGUGUGUGUUUAUGUAUUUGGAGGUAAAUUCUCAAUGAAACCCCUUUGUGUGAUUAAUACAAUGAUGAGACUGUAAUUCUGUGACCCGAGGUCAAGAGGAAGGGUGGUGCAUAUUUACUAACAGCUGCUUAGAUCUCUUCAAACGCUGAGAAUUGACUGAUGUUUAAGAAAUGCUUGUGGAUUAAAAAAAAGAAAGGACACUUGUGGAAUUGAAUGUAUGACUCAGACCAGUUUGGAGAAAAUAGUCAAGCAGCAAAAAA